CUCUCGUCUGCGAAGCUUUCCAUCUUCCCAGUCGGCCUCUUGCUCGCCACCAGGCCACUUGACAUCCCACUACACCAUUCGCAACCACCCUGCUCGUCACCAUGUCCUCUGCCAAUUAUAUGUCUCCCUCUUCCUCGACAACGCCAACAUGGCAUCAGUUCGAACGGAAGGUCGAGGAGGUCAAGCCAUCCAAAACUGAUAUAAACUAUCUGGUUAUGGACUACCUCAUCACCAAUGGCUAUCCUGCGGCUGCGAAGAAAUUCUCGGUCGAAGCGAAUAUCCAACCCAGAGCAGAUAUCGAGUCGAUUCAGGAAAGAGUUGAGAUUCGUACUGCAAUUCAUGCUGGGAAUAUUCAAACUGCCAUUGAAAAAAUCAAUGAGCUCAACCCUCAGAUCCUGGAUGAAAAUCCCCCUCUGCAUUUCGCCCUGCUGCGACUGCAACUGGUGGAGUUGAUUCGCUCCUGCACCACUACCCCUGAUGGAGACAUCAGUCCUGCCCUUGAGUUCGCGACCUCGCAACUUGCACCCCGGGCGCCCACCAACCCCCAGUUCCUCGAAGAUCUUGAGCGCACCCUUGCGCUCUUGAUCUUCCCGGCGGAUAACCUCUCACCCUCUCUUGCCCCUCUCCUGCACCCCGACCUUCGUAAAGACAUCGCCAACCGCGUCAAUGAAGCCAUCCUGCUGAAUCAGGGUGCUCGUAAAGAGGCCCGACUACGCAACCUGGUUAAAUUGCGCUCGUGGGCCGAGCAGAAAGCUCGGGAAGCCAAGAAGGACAUUCCCGAGAAGCUGGACCUCGGAUUCGGCGAUGCCAACCCCAACACCUCCCAUAACAGUAAUAGCCUCGGCCCCGCCCGCAAUGGCCCUAACGACAUCGUAAUGACCAAUAAUGGGGACAUCGACCCAAUGAUUUCAUAGCUCCUUCGAUAAGCGAGGGCUUGCAACAUAAUACCCCGAUACCACGAUGGGUGAAAUUUCCUUCAAUUCUCUUCUUUCAUCGCGCAUGGCGUUUGGAGCGCACGGCUCAGCGAUACCAUGGCCCUUUUGUACCCCUCUGGGUUCCGGCAGAGAUUUCUGUACCGUUCUGCAUCUGUUCAUUGUCUGUCAUGGCUACGGGAUUUGUACCUAUGCUGUCGCCUAGGAGUGACUGGAUGUUGCCAAGCUAGGAACAUUGUAGCUAAUAAGCUAUGCAUCGUGAACCAGUGAUGCAUUGAACACUUUCACACGCUCCCUCCCUAGUUCAUCAUUUCAUUCAAUCAUCCAAUCACGCCCGCCGUGUUGAAAUGAUUGACUACAACGAAUGGGAAGGCAGGAGAAGGAGUAAGUGGUAAAGAAAACGGAACGUCUUAUUUCAUUGACAGUGUAAUACAGAUGGUGGUAGGAAGAAGUAUGAAAUGAUGUUCUGCGGCUGCCUCG